GUGCUGGGGACACAGCAGGGCAAACACUUCACUCCUGGGGAUAGAAAAUUACCAAAUAAGCAGGUAAAUACAAGUAUCAGGUGGUGACAGAAACAAAGGGAAUGAUGCAGGGAGGGGUCAGCCAGGCAGCAGGGGAGGCUGUGUGAUUAAGGCAGUCACAGUUCAUCCAGGGAUGCACAUUUUUACGGGGAAUAGACCCUUAUUAUUUUUCAUUCAUCUGUUUUCUUGGCUAAUUCCUGUUUCCAAGAAGUCAAGGGUCUUACAGUUCUGUGGAACUGCCCAGUGCCUGUGACGGUGGCCAGGUCUGACUACUGAUGGAACCAGUGGCUCCACGUGGCUGGCCCCAUCUGGGUUGUGGCAGGGCUCAGAGUUGGGGGUGGGGAACGUAUUCUAUGAGCUGUUCUUCCGAGGUCAGCCUGCAGGGCCGCACAGGGUUUUUAUGUUCCACCGUGAGUGCCAGGGUGGACAUGGUGAGCAAACUACAUGGAAAGAUGAACAAGAAAAUGCUUCCAUUCUGUGCGUGCUGGGCAUUCAGGAGAGGAGGUCCCAGGGUCUGGGGCCCACAGUGCUGCCUGAUCAGGGCUCAGGAGUGUAGGACAGAGCAAGGAGUCCAAGCCAGGGCCUGAUACCAGGCAGGCCACAUGCUCCCUCAUCAACUCUCAGUAACCCCAAAUCCAAAAGGCGCCUCCUUCCCAAUUUUCCCAGCCAGUCCUGUACAGGGUGGAGGUCCUGUAUUCAUCAUCCCUGACUCAUUCGAGUGGUCUGGAAGCAGCAUUACGUGGAUCGGUGAAGCAGGGAGUAGCUGAUGUCAGAGAACGGCCAGGCUGCUGGGUGUGGACCCAGCUCCUUAGGAGCCGGGAAGUGCCCGAGACUCACCAAGCUCGGGCCCUCCUUCAACCUCUGGGCCUUUGCACAUGCAGUUCCCUCUUCUCAGAAAACUGUUCCCUGCACUCUGCCAGGCUGACCUCCAGUCUCCACUCAAAUUCCGCCUCCUCCUAGCGGCCCCUCACACUCUCUGCUGGCUGGCUGCCUGGUAGGUCAGUCUGGAUUCGGGCGGGGCGGCUUCGAUGGUUUCCCGUGUCCCGCAAGAGGCGCUCGGGAAACGUCCUGGGGCCAGGGAUACCGCACAAACACACGCACGCCCAUCCACACGCAGAACCCUUUUGGGGCCACGAAGGGGGGCUCCGCGCGGAUCCCACCCACCCUGCUUGCAAACCCACCUGGCAGGGGGCGUGCACACACACGGACCCGCCCCAGCCACAGACCACUCGGAUCCGGGCACACAGACACGCAGGAGCGGUCGCCCACGCACGCUUGGCCACACGCAGGCCCCCUUCUCAGUCACACACAGAGACACGCGCAGGCGCAUGGACACGACAGCCAGUUCCCGUCCAGACGCCCACCCGGAACACGGCGCACACUGCGCGCAGGCGCGGCCCCGAGUCCCCGCCCCGCUCCCGGCCGCGCCCGUGGGGGCGGGGCGCCCGUGGGGCGGGUCCUGCGACACCGCCCGGGAAGCUGCGCGCGGCUGGGCGGCCCCCGCCACAUCCUCCUCCUCUUCCAGGUCCCAGCCAGCGGAGCCGGGCCAGGGCCGAGCCGAGGGCUCCGAGGGCGCGGGCGGAGCGGGGCGCGGAGCCAUGGCGCACCAGACGGGCAUCCACGCCACUGAGGAGCUGAAGGAAUUCUUUGCCAAGGCCCGGGCUGGCUCUGUUCGGCUCAUCAAAGUCGCCAUUGAGGAUGAGCAGCUCGUGCUGGGUGCCUCGCGGGAGCCGGUGGGCAGCUGGGACCAGGACUAUGACAGGGCCGUGCUGCCGCUGCUGGAUGCCCAGCAGCCCUGCUACCUGCUGUACCGCCUGGAUUCCAAGAACACCCAGGGCUUCGAGUGGCUCUUCCUCGCCUGGUCGCCUGAUAAUUCCCCCGUGCGACUGAAGAUGCUCUACGCAGCCACACGGGCCACGGUGAAGAAGGAGUUUGGGGGCGGCCACGUCAAGGACGAGCUCUUUGGAACUGUGAAGGACGACCUCUCCUUUGCCGGAUACCAGAAGCACCUGUCAUCCUGUGCAGCGCCCGCCCCACUGACCUCGGCCGAGAGAGAGCUUCAGCAGAUCCGGAUCAAUGAGGUAAAGACAGAGAUCAGCGUGGAGAGCAAGCACCAGACGCUGCAGGGCCUCGCCUUCCCCCUGCAGCCUGAGGCCCAGCGGGCACUCCAGCAGCUCAAGCAGAAGACCAUCAACUACAUCCAGCUGAAGCUGGACCUGGAGCGGGAGACGAUUGAGCUGGUGCACACGGAGCCCACGGACGUGGCCCAACUGCCCUCACGGGUGCCCCGAGAAGCCGCCCGCUACCACUUCUUCCUCUAUAAGCACUCUCAUGAGGGUGACCGCCUCGAGUCUGUGGUGUUCAUCUACUCGAUGCCAGGCUACAAGUGCAGCAUCAAGGAACGCAUGCUUUACUCCAGCUGUAAGAGCCGUCUCCUCGACUCCGUGGAGCAGGACUUCCAGCUGGAGAUCUCCAAGAAGGGCCCUUGCCGCGGUGCCCUGCUCCCCUGGUCUCUCCUGGUGCAGGCUGCCAUGCUGGCUGUGGCCUUGGCCCAGGGCACCCUGCCUGCCUUCCUGCCCUGUGAGUUUCAGGCCCCCAGCCGGGUCAACUGUGAAUGGCUGUUCUUGAAGUCUGUGCCCCACUUCUCAGCGGCCGCGCCCCGUGGCAACAUCACCAGCCUGUCCCUGCGCUCCAACCGCAUCCACCAUCUGCACAACUCCGACUUUGUCCACCUGUCCAGCUUGCAGCAUCUCGACCUCAAGUGGAACUGCCCACCGAGCAGCCUCAGCGCCCUGCACUGGAGCUGCCACAUGACCAUCGAGCCCAACACCUUCCUGGUCGUGCCCACCUUGGAGGUGCUGAACCUCAGCUACAAUAACAUCACGGCUGUGCCCGCCCUGCCCAACUCCCUCAGGUACCUGUCCCUGAGCCGCACGAACAUCCUGGAACUCGAUCAUACCACCUUCAAGGGCCUGCAUGCCCUGAGACACCUGUACAUGGAUGGCAACUGCUACUACAAGAACCCCUGCGGCCAGGUCCCGCAGGUGGCCCCGGGCGCCCUCCUUAGCCUGGGCAACCUCACCCAUCUGUCACUCAAGUACAACAACCUCACGGAGGUGCCCCGCAGCCUUCCCCCCAGCCUGGAGAACCUGCUAUUGUCCUACAACCGCAUUGUGUCCCUGGGGCCCAAGGACCUGGCCAAUCUCACAGCCCUGCGGGUGCUUGAUGUGGGUGGGAACUGCCGCCGCUGCGACCACGCCCGCAACCCCUGCAUCGAGUGCCCGAAGGGCUUCCCGAAGCUGCACCAAGACACCUUCCGCCACCUGAGCCACCUGGAAGGCCUGGUGUUGAAAGACAGUUCUCUCUACUGCCUGAACACCAACUGGUUCCGUGGCCUGGGCAACCUCUCGGUGUUGGACCUGAGUGAGAACUUCCUGUAUGACUGCAUCACCAAAACUACAGCCUUCAAGGGCCUGACCCAGCUGCGCAAGCUCAACCUGUCCUUCAACUACCACAAGGGGGUGUCCUACGCCCACCUGUCGCUGGCACCCUCCUUCGCGAGCCUGCUCUCCCUGCAGGAGCUGAACAUGAACGGCAUCUUCUUCCGCUCGCUCAACGAGGACACACUCCGGCCGCUGACUGGCCUACCUGCGCUCCAAAAUCUGCGUCUCCAGAUGAACUUCAUCAACCGGGCCAACCUCAGCAUCUUUAGGGCAUUCCCCAGCCUGUGCCACGUGGACCUGUCCAACAACCGCAUCAGCGGGGCCCCAGAGGGGCUGGCGGCCACCAAGGGGGAGACCAAUGCUGGGGAGGUGGGCCGGCUGCCAUUCAGGGGCCUUGCUGCUGCCCCCCUGGAACCUCCCAGCCCCGAUGACUUCAUGCCAAGCUGCAAGACCCUCAAGUUCACCUUGGACCUGUCCCGGAACAACCUGGUGACCGUCCGGCCACAGAUGUUCGCCGGGCUCUCGCGCCUCCAGUGCCUGCGUCUGAGUCACAACAGCAUCUCGCAGGCGGUCAAUGGCUCGGAGUUCGUGCCGCUGACCAGCCUGCAGGUGCUGGACCUGUCCCACAACAAGCUGGACCUGUACCACGGGCGCUCGUUCACGGAGCUGCCGCGUCUGCAGGCCCUGGACCUCAGCGACAACAGCCAGGCCUUCAGCAUGCAGGGCGUGGGCCACAACCUCAGCUUCGUGGCCCAGCUGCCCUCCCUGCGCUACCUCAGCCUAGCACACAACUCCAUCCACAGCCGCGUGUCCCAGAAGCUCUGCAGCACCUCGCUGUUGGCCCUGGACUUCAGUGGCAACGACCUGAAUCGCAUGUGGAAUGAGGGGGACCUCUACCUCCACUUUUUCCAAGGCCUGACACACCUGGUCCGCCUGGACCUGUCCCGGAACCACCUGCACGCCCUCCUGCCACGCACUCUCGACAACCUCCCCAAGAGCCUGCAGAUGCUGCGUCUCCGUGACAACUACCUGGCCUUCUUCAACUGGAGCACCCUGAGCAUCCUGCCCAAGCUGGAAGCCCUGGACCUGGCGGGAAACCUGCUGAAGGCCCUGGCCAACGGCAGCCUCCCUGUUGGCACCAGGCUGCAGAGGCUGGACCUCAGCGACAACAGCAUCAGCUCUGUGGCCUCUGGCUUCUUCGCUCAGGCCACGAAGCUGCGAGUGCUCAACCUCAGCGCCAAUGCCCUCAAGACGGUGGAGCCCUCUUGGUUUGGAACCUUCCAAGUGGCCACCCUGAAAGUCCUAGAUGUGAGCGCCAACCCUCUGCACUGCGCCUGUGGGGAGGCCUUCGUGGACUUCCUGCUGGAGGUGCAGGCUGCCGUGCCUGGACUGUCCAGCCGCGUCAGGUGUGGCAGUCCAGGCCAGCUCCUGGGCCGCAGCAUCUUUGCCCAGGACCUGCGCCUCUGCCUGGACGAGGGCCUCGCCUGGGUCUGUUUCGGCAUCUCGGUGCUGGCUGUGGCCCUGGGUCUGGCGGUGCCCACGCUGCACCACCUCUGUGGCUGGGACCUCUGGUAUUGCUUCCACCUGGGCCUGGCCUGGCUGCCCCGGUGGGGACGCCAGCGGGGUGCAGAUGCCCUGUCCUACGAUGCCUUUGUGGUCUUCGACAAGGCGCACGGCGCAGUGGAUGACUGGGUGUACAACGAGCUGCGGGUGCAGCUGGAGGAGCGCCGUGGGCGCCGGGCGCUCCGCCUGUGUCUGGAGGAGCGGGACUGGCUACCUGGCAAGAGUCUCUUUGAGAACCUGUGGGAUUCUAUCUACAGCAGCCGCAAGACGCUGUUUGUGCUGGCCCACACGGACCGGGUCAGCGGCCUCCUGCGUGCCAGCUUCCUGCUGGCCCAACAGCGCCUGCUGGAGGACCGUAAGGACGUCGUGGUGCUAGUGAUCCUGAGCCCCAGCGCCCACCGCUCCCGCUACGUGCGGCUGCGCCAGCGCCUCUGCCGCCAAAGCGUCCUCUUCUGGCCCCACCAGCCCAGCGGCCAGGGCAGCUUCUGGGCCCAGCUGGGCACGGCCCUGACCAGGGACAACCACCACUUCUAUAAUCGGAACUUCUGCCGCGGCCCCACGACAGCCGAAUAGCGCUGGGCGGCCACCAGCAGCCCCCCACCCCACCCCCACCCCAACCACGCCUCUCU